CGCAAACACGCGGAUGGAGGACAAUAUUCAUUCCCAAUAUCAUUUCUGAACCCUGAAACAUUCGUCCUCUCCACCAUUUUCAUAUCAAACCAAACCAGUUUUGAUAUUACUACUUACAACAAAGGAGAGGAGGGAGCAUCAAACAACAACAAAAUUCAUUCUUUUUCUUGUUCCUGUGGAAUUGCAACGAUUAUUGUGUUUUCUGGCUUUAAAAAGGGUAAAAAUCAAUUUACCAAUUGAUAAAUAAAAAAAAAAUCAAGUCUUGGUGCAACAAGAAUGGAGGAAGUUGAGGCACCAAGAUAUUGGUGCCAUAUGUGUUCACAGAAUGUGAAUCCAACCUUGGAGAUUGAUUCAAUAAAAUGCCCCAUCUGCCAAAGUGGCUUUGUUGAGGAAAUGGCCUCUCAAGAAAAUGAUAGCCCUCCUACUGAUCUUCAACUUGGAGGGUCGGAUUCAGAUCGCACCCUCUCCCUCUGGGCGCCAAUCCUACUCGGUAUGAUGGGCAACCAACGGCGUAGGCGCCGUAUGAGGCGCAUGGGGUUUGAGGAGAGCGACAAUGAAAAUGACAACGACAAUGAUGAUGAGUUUGGAAGGCACCACCAUCAUGGGGAGGAGGAGCUUGACCGUGAACUGGAGGCUAUAGCGAGGAGGAGGAGCUCAGCCGCGAUUCUGCAGCUCUUCCAAGGCAUGCGGGCUGGGAUACUAUCUGAGCCAGAGACUGAUCAAGGGACUAAUAGAGCUGGAGAUAAUGAGCCUAUGAUUCUCAUAAAUCCCUUUAACCAGACCAUCAUUGUUCAGGGAUCGGGAAAUGAGUCCAUAAGUCGUGCACCUAUUGGCUCCCUUGGGGAUUAUUUCAUUGGACCAGGGCUCGACUUGCUGCUGCAGCAUUUGUCGGAGAAUGAUCCAAACAGGUACGGGACACCUCCAGCUCGCAAGGAGGCAGUUGAAGCUCUACGGACUGUGAAAAUCGAGGACACUCUUCAGUGCUCCGUUUGUUUGGAUGAUUGUGAGAUUGGUGAUGAAGUUAAGGAGAUGCCUUGCAAGCAUAAGUUCCACAGUAAGUGUAUCCUGCCAUGGCUCGAGCUUCAUAGCUCUUGCCCCAUCUGCAGGCACCAAUUACCUUGUGAAGAGUCGGAGCUCGACUCUGAGGGGUCAAGAAACGACAGCAGCAGUGGAGAGACGGACAAUGGUGAUAGAAACGAAAGAGGGAGACAGUUCUCGGUUUCUCUUCCGUGGCCCUUAAGCGGCUUGUUUUCAUCCUCCAAUACUUCAAAUGCCAGCCCAAGCACUUCACACCACCGGGAUGAGAAUUGAUCUGAUCUCUGGUAAACGUAUAUAUGUGCAAAUUCGGAGGCAAUAAUUAGAAAAAAAGUGACUUGUGUUUUCGAUCAGCUUGCUAAGAACUGCUGUGGGUUUUCUGUAUUAUUUGUAUAGUUGCUGUCACUGGUUUGAGUGUUGAAUGUUUCAUCUCCUGGCAAUUUAUGUCUGGAAAUGUGCAAUAAAUCUUGUUCAGGCAAAGAAAAAAA